CCAGAUGUUGCCAGGAGACGUUCACGCCCACUUGGCUGCUCCGUAGACGAUUCAAGCUCGUCCUGCUUCUUUUCGCUGUACAUUUUCAGCUCACAACUUUUUCUACCUGUCUGUCUCUAAGAUGUCUUUGAGUGAGAAAACUGAUGAGGAGAUCAUGGAGUUGCUCGCAGAGUACGGCAUCAAGCACGGACCUAUUGUCGACUCUACCAGAAAACUGUAUGAGAAGAAGCUGGAGAAAGCCAUGGCAGAAGUUCCAGAAAAAACCUCCUCUGAUAAGACCUACUACAGAGAGGAAGAGGAAGAAAUUACCUACAUCACAUACCGUAGUCCGGUUAGACAUGAAGGUUCUGGAGACACGCUGAAACAGAGAAAAAUCGCCGAGCCAGCCGAACAACAAGACGACAGUGACAAGGAACUAGUCGAUGACACAGAGACCCCGAUCCUGAGCCAGACCACCACAACAGUCAAUCACAGUGAAGUUCGAUCCAAACAACCGGUAAAAAGGGCAGGAGGCUGUGUUUGGAGAAUGUUUCGACUGCUGCUGAUCUUAGCUUUUUUAGCAGGAGUCUCCUACUACGUCUUCUGUCAUGUCCUGAGUAUGGAGGGUGACGCUGGGACUGAAUGAUUCAUCUGAGUUUUCUUACAGACAUACAAUGCAUUAUGUCUCUGCUGAUAAUUUAGUGGAGAUUCCUCUGUUUUUACCCCUUGUAUUACUUGACCACUGAAAAAAUGCCAAAAAAGUAAUGGCAUAUUCUAUUGAAUUGAUGUCCUUUAGCUUGAAUUACUGCACAUGUAGGUUGAGUGCAGUUUUCUGUCGGUGCUUUGUUACAUUUGACGUCUUUUAUGCACCUUUUCUAGCAGAUUUGCUUGGAAUUGUGAGAUCUGCUGAUGUAGGCCAGGGAAACAGCUUUUAUGUCGGUCGUCUGCAUUGUAUUAAUAAAAAAAUGUAUAUUAAAACAGAAA